AUGGAUGAUGAAGCAAAUGACCAAAAUACGGUCGUUUUCAAUCUGAAAGCUGAUUGCUGGAAGAACGGCAAUUCGAAAGACGCUACGGUUGAGGGCCGUUAUGUAUAUUCAUCGCAGCUUGAGUGGGAUCCUAAAGGUGACCAAGCAGAGACUAUGGCCGAUUCACCGCCUCGCCCUGUGAACCAGGACAUUGUUAUUGCAAAGCUGGCACCCGGUCAAGGGAUGGAAAUGGAAUUACACUGUGAAAAAGGUAUCGGAAAAGACCAUGCCAAGUUUUCACCUGUAGCUACUGCCACAUAUCGGCUUUUGCCGCUGAUCGAAAUUCUCAAACCUAUUCCCGAGCCAUUGAUUCCCAAGUUUAUUUCUUGCUUUCCCGAAGGCGUUAUUCAUAAAGGCGGUGAAAAUGGAGUCUAUGUCGCAGAUGCUCGUAAGGAUACGGUGACUAGGGAGGUUCUUCGGUAUCCUGAGUUCGAAGGAUACGUGCGAUUAGGCCGUAUUCAAGAUCACUUUUUGUUCAGUGUCGAGUCUACAGGCGUGUAUGAGCCGGAAGAUUUGCUUCCAGCCUCGAUUGAAGUUUUACGGAAAAAAAUUGCACUUUUGAAGCUGGCCCUCGAUGCUAUCCCAAUAGGUACCAAUGCAUAG